GUGCAGUGAACUUUGGCUUUUCUCGCAUUGUGCUCCUACCAUCCACCGCAUUUUUGUCUUCAACAGGCGCCUUGGCUAUCCACUAGCAGCUACAAUGUCUGGCAGAUUUACACGUCUCAUUCGCUUCCUGGCCAAAGACGGCCGCACAUACUACGGCGAUGCCAUCCUGCCUCAGGGCGUGAGCGACAUUGCCAAAGCCCAGCGCGCGCGCAUCAUCGAAGGAGACAUCUUUGGCAAGUAUCACGUCACAGACGAAGAAGUCGGCGUGCGUCUGUUGCUAUCACCAUUGGCUCAGUCACAAGUGAAGACGGUGAGAUGUCUGGGACUCAACUACGCCAAGCAUGCCAAAGAGUCCAACAUGCCAGAGCCAAAGUAUCCCGUCUUGUUCUACAAACCAAUCACGUCUCUAUCUGGCCCAGUUGACCCGAUUCCUGUUCACUCCAUGGCGCAAGAGGGAACCGGGCUGGAUUACGAAUGCGAGCUUGUAGUGGUGAUUGGAAAGAGGUGUUCAGACGUGUCCGAGGCCGAUGCGCUCAACUAUGUUCUUGGAUAUUCCGUUGGCAACGACGUGUCCCAUCGAGACUGGCAGAUCAAGCACGGAGGAAGCCAAUGGUCUCUCGGCAAGGCCUUUGACGGCUGGGCACCCUUUGGUCCAGCCAUUGUGACGGGCGAUGCCAUCAAGGAUCCGCAGGCUCUGAAUAUCUGGACCAAGCUCAACGGGCAAACCGUUCAGAAUGGAAACACGUCUGAUAUGAUUUUCGGCGUACGGCAAAUGAUUUCCUUCUUGAGCCGCGGCGUGACUCUCAUGCCCGGCGAUGUCAUCUUCACCGGCACUCCCGAAGGCGUAGGAAUGGGCCGGAAGCCACAGCUGUGGCUCAAGGAUGGAGAUGUCGUGGAAGUUGGACUCGAAGGUGUCGGCACGUGCACCAACAAGGUGGAAUUUGAAGGCCCCAAAGCCAAAAUCUAGGCGGGAUAUGGAAGGAGGGAAACAGAGAGUUUGAUUACAAGCAGUGGUAGGAAUUGCUCGUAGGAUGAAUGCGACAUGCCUCGCUGCUAGGCAACAAUUUGGGAGCCUAAGACGAAGCUACAUUUCGAAAGCGAUCCUGGCCGGCUUCAUGGGUUAUCGAACACGAUGAAAGCAACAUCGAAAGAACCACGACUCUCUGUAGGGACCUACUAUUAAUAGACUUGUUGGCAAUGCUGUC